UUCAAUUGAUGAGCUACAGAGAAUGCAAAGUUACGUGUGAUGACUCUCUCAAGAGAGAACUCUGCCCAAGAUUCGCUUCAUUGAAAACGCGUCCGUGAAAGGGAACUGCCUGCAUAUACCUUAGCACCUGCAAUAAAAGGAAAACAAUAAAAACAACUUCUCUAAACAGGCUAGAAUGUGCUACCAUUAAUAAACAAUGCAUAAACCAUCAGUCAAUCCAUUAGGAUCUCCAAAACAAACUGAACACGAGGUACCACGAAGUAUGAACAACGAACGGAAUAGCAUACACGCCAAUGUAACUGCCAACAUUUAACUGGCCGAUUGAACGAAGAAUUCGAUUUUAUAUGCGCAUAAACGACCGUAACGUGUAUCAAUUCUUGCAAUCAACAAGACGAUCGUGUGCACGCACAUCAUAUCAGAUCUGUGCACUUCAAUACAGCACAGAGAGUAAGCGGUAAGCCAUCUGGCAAUAAUCUAGUACUUAUCUCAAAGAAGAGGUGAUGUUCGCUAGAUAAAACCCAAGAAGAUCAAAGGAGACUGAUAAAUCACCAGCGUCAUGCAUCCAAACCUGCAUGCCCACCAUCUAAAAAUGUUUUUCAACAUUCUUGUUGCAGUGAGCAGAGAGGCCUUGCGCCUCGCUUUCAUGUCUUAAAAACACAAUAUAUAAUGUCCCGGAUGGCAGGAACGCCUCCUCCCCAGUAACUGGAGAAAUGACACAUUAAUCAGUCACAUUAAGCAUAAAACCAUUUAUUUCUUUCAGAAAUAAAUUUCCUAUUAUACAUUUAUAUUGCGCAAUUUUUCAUAAAAAUGUUUAAAUGUGCAUGACAAUCAGAAAGUAAGAUCUAAAAUUUAAAUACAGAUGAAAAUGUUAGCUUAAAUUUAAAAGUAGACAAUGAAAUUCUACAAUCUGUGCUUCUUUUGUCUCCGCCUUCCUGCAAACAUUUUUUUUACUUGCAUAUACAGCCAUAAAUAAUAAAUAAAUAUAUAUAUAAAGCCUUUAUUUAAAGAGGGUAGCACUUAAUAGCCAAAGGCUAAUAAACUUGUGGCCCUCAUAAAAUACACAACUAUUUACAAUCUAAUAAAUACAGUAAGCUAAAAUAUAUAAACAAUUAAAAUAAAACAAGAUUCGAAUUUUAUAAAAAUAAAAAAUUAUUAAAUGAUAAAAUGAUGCAAACAUUGUUGUUCCUUAAAAAUCUUGGCAAACAUGUUCUUUUUAAAACAUGCUACAUAAUCUAGUUUCCUAAUUCUAAUUGGUGUACUAUUCCACAGUCUUGUUGCCGAAACAGCGAAAGAGCGUCCUCCCUCUGUUUCUCUUAGGACAAACAGCAUUAAUGCUUGAAUAUCUAGUGUUGCGGGAAUGCCGCUUAUUAUUCAAAAUUAAGUGUUCAUUUAGAUAAUUCGGCAAAUACCCAUUAAUUCGCUUAUACAUUAUUAUGCAUUUAUCUAUCUUAUGUACGUUGCUCAUAAAAUGGAAUCCAACCUAGCUUGUUAAAUAAAGCAACUGAUGGUGUCAUGCGAUCGGCAUAAGAAAUAACGCGUGCCGCACGUUUUUGCAAUCUUAAGACCCUAUAAACCGACUCUUUAUCACAAUUUGCCCAAACAACGUUAGCGUAAGAUAUAACAGGGCGAAUAAUGCUAUUAUAAAACUGAAGUCGCUGUUUAAGAGGUAGACAGGCUCGAAUCUUACGCAGUAUUGCGAUUCUAGAGGCCAACUUUUUACAUACUUUCUCAAUAUGUUCAUCAAAGGACAAUUUGCUGUCAAUUUCUACGCCUAAUAAGGUAGCACAAUCCACAUUACUGAGCUGUUUUCCGUUUACGAAAACAUCUAUGUUUUCAGUGUCUACAGCCUCUGCAACAGUUUAUUUCAAAAUUUUCCAACCCCCCCUGCCCUCGUCAAAAAAAUAAUGGUCCGUCACUAAACAUUAGUGCAAGUUGUAACAGAAUUUUCACGGUUCCGCGUGUAAACUGGAUACACAGGUAAAAAAAAUUUGUCCGUUCAAAAAAUUAUCCGGACCCGCGUAAACAGGGUUUAAGUUGAUAACAAAAAUAUGAAAGUCAUUCUGCAGCCUCUUAAGGAACACCUUCUUGUGUUUGUCAGUAUUCGGUCAGUAAAUUUGUAAUCAUCUUGUCAUGUACCGACUAAUAUAUAGAUUUAGCCAGAGCUAAAAGCGAAGCUCCAAUUAAAAAAUUUAUAAUUUCAAUCAAACAAUAAACUUGUAAUCCACAAAUCAGUUAACUUAAGGGCACAUUCAUGUGACUUUUGAGGGAAAGGCUAAGUUAUUUUAGAGUGAAACAUCUUACAUCGAAUUGAUAACCUUAUAUGUACACCCAAAAAUAGAAAACAUCUUCGAUCACAUUCAAGAUCACAGUUGAUUAGGCCUCGAAAACAAAUUCUUGGAAAACAAAUCACGCCGAAUUUUUUUGCGUUCGACAGGUUUACUUUACAAAUUCUUGCCAACAAAUCUGGGGGUGUUUAAACCAACCUUUUAUAAAUUUUAUACACCACAUUUGCGGUGAAACAGUACUAUUUAUCCUACAGACCUCGGACAGAAUACGGUAUUUCACAAUUUUUCAUGGCAAAUUGCACUCAGUCAAUAUUCAGGACGAUCAAUCGUGGGCUUUAAGCGAAACCGUUCAAAAAUUUCCAAAAUCACCCACACGGCCAGCUGGUUCUCGUUUCUAUAGUGCGAGCUCUCAGUGUGGUCGAGUGUUUGAAUGAACUUGAAUAGAGUUACGCUUCAACAUGAUAGCGAAUUUAUUAUUAUUAUUUUUUUUUUGUUAUUUAAUGGUUUCAGUUAUAUAACGAUGUGUAAUCUUAUAAAGCGUUUGAUACGCGUGAGUACUCCUGCAAGCGAUGUUCAUGAACGAUGAAAACAAACGGCACGGACAAGCGAUUAACAUUGCAAGAGAGACUACUAACAAUAAGAAAAAGAAAUAUAAUUCGGUGAAACAUUUACAGAGACAACAAUUUUCAUUCACGAAGACAAGUAUUAAAGUGUCUCUAAAAAUCCUGAGUCUUCCGGCUUCCCGGCGCGGUGUUUACUGUUUUCGAAGAGGAACUCCUAAAAGCAAGAAAAUCGCUCAAAGUUUUGUUUGUACAGCCAAAUUUAUAACUAAAUAUUCUUCGGAACGUUUUCUUUCUAUUUGUGGUGAGCAAAUAUAUCUGAAGGCUUUUUAAAGUUCUGUAAGCUUAUAUCAAACCUGAUACUAGGUCAGAUCAUUGACUCAAAUCCUACAAACGUGCAUAAACUUGCCGCAUAAACUGUAAGCGUGAACUGUGCAAGACUUCAGGAAAUUAGAUAUAACAAAAACAAACAUCAAAUACAAUAAUUACUCAGGCUUACCAUUCGAGAUUCAGUUCCUGAAAGCUAUCAAGGAAGGCCAUAGUUGCUUGAGACUUUUAAACCCUCUUACGCAUUAAGCAAGGUGAAAAACGAAAACGACUUACCGAAUUUUGACAAGCGACGCAUUUCUCAGACAAAAACCCGGUAAACAAACCAGCCAUGAAUAACAGAAGACUCUUGACAGCAACUGUAUUUCGUUUUGUACAUCCAGAGGAAAAAGGCAGUUCAAAACAUCACAAGUUGACACAAAACUCUGUCAGCUUCAGCUGUCAAAGUAAACAACUUUCAAGAUGCUGCAUAAUUUGUCCGCAUGAACUCACCUGUCAAAUUUUGACCAAUCAGAGUACAAAAAUUAGACGUAGAGCGUGACCAACGCGUGACCAUGGUAAGAUAAGGUCUUCUUCCCCGCCUGUACUUUUAAAAAAACUGGUUAAAUUUUCACUUCCGAGGCCAGUUUGAAAUCAAAAUCCUAAUAAUGCGGGGCCAUAGUGACAUAAAAACAACAUAUUUGGUAUGAAUCCUUGGAAAAAAUAAACUUUGAAACUGGUAAUUUGUCAGCGGAUAACUUCAAAAAAAUAUUCGACCUCGAUGCGUCCACACUUGAGCCCACGGUACGGUCAGGUGAUACUGGUCAGCGGAUGCCCUGUUUUGACAGCUGUCAAUUGAUCACAAAAUUGAUGUGCAAUUAGUUUCCUCUUGGGCUCCCAAGCUAGCUAAAAGUGUGAGAGUAAACAUUGGUUUUCCUGUGGUGCGGACGGACGGUCGGCGGUCGGUGUACGGUCACGUGAUUACCAAAUUUUCUGGGAUGGGUAGAUUUACUUAGCUAUGGGGCUCCGCCCACGCGCACGUUUCGCGCGCGCGUGGAGCUCCGCUAUUAAGAUCAUUUUAAUUUAUUUUAAAGAUAAUGGGUCUCUGAUCUUUUUAGCCCCAUGGUUAUUGCAGACAGUGUCAGCAUCAUUGAUUACAUAACAGUUACUAACUUAAUGUACAUAUUUCUAUUGUAAGGUUUCUUUUACUCUCGGCUGGUACAAUGUAGAUUCGUUUGUUCCUGCUUUGUUGUCGUUAUUAAAAAGCUUACUUGACAUGGGUGAUUUUCUUUCACUUGACCUGUCCAGACACGAAAAAAGGUCCUUCAACUUCCUUAUACGUGUUUCAGGUGCUGGAACGUAAACGUGGCUUUGUAUGAAGGAAGUAUCCUUUUGGGCUGUAAAGGACAUAACAAGAAACCAUUCAGCACGAGAGGAAAGGAAUGAAAUACCUCACUACAACGCCAAACUAACCCUUAAGCUUAAAUGCUGCUUAAUAUAUUAUAAUAGGAGAUAUAGAUCUGUCUACUGACUAAGUAUCACGCUGCCGGUUUCAGCUCUAUGCGUGUGCACGUACAGUUUGCUCAUUACAUUAAAAAAUUUGAAUUGCUCAUCUGGAUAGUAAACCCGGUGCUGAACCAAUUAAAUUUAAAAUAAUCAUUUUGCACUUUUACACAUUGUAUGCUAUACUUUCCUUUGUGGCUGCCUAACAGAGAGAUUAUGGAUCAGCACUGACAGGAGACGAAAGUCAUCAUUACUGUCCAAUUUUUAACAUCGUUAUUCAAUGUGGUUACGUUUUUGUUCAGUUUCCUGAACUGAGUGUGGUAAAAUGUAGAAACUGUGUGAAUAACGUAGCGUAUUAAAAAAAAAAAAUGAAAAUAACACCACCAGCAACAAAACACACUUCCUUAAAACUAAACAUUGUUCUUUUUUUUUAGUGCUUUGAUUGCCAUUUUGUUUCGAACAACAGCCAUACCCCUAUGACAUCAGCGACAGCAGUAGAGGAAGGAGAUGCUCUCGCAAAAUACAACACUUACACGUACAAACCGCUCAACAUGUUUAUCUUAGAGGGUCAUCUUAAAAUCAGACCAAUUAAUUAAAGGUAACCUAACUUCAGUUCCAUGAAUGGUACGUGGAUAUAAGCCGCAGUAUAAGGGAAUAUAAAAAUAGUUACUUUAGAAGUCAAGGGCUUGUUUAGCUAGAACUGAAUGUAAUCUCAUGUUUUUAUUUCUUUACAUGUCUAACUUACUCAUACUGAAGGCAAAGUUUUUUUCAACGUCUGAAAGUUUUUGGCACGCUAGAGAGACCGUUAGGAGGCUCUAGGAACAUAAAGCUACACCAAGCAGAAUUAUGAAAAAAAUGUUACCUUUGUAACAAUUCAGUGUUAUUUAUUUUUGAAAAUUUCAUGUUUUUAACCCUGUUUCAGUAGUCCCUGCACGUGGGCAUGUGACCAGAGGCAAAGAAUUUGCAAUAUAAUUGCCUUAAAAGGAAAAUGAAACAAGCAAAAACAAACAAAUAAUGAACAGGAACAGAAGAUUAACUCUCAAACAUUCACUAUUUAACUAACGAACACGUAGCGCCGAUCUCAGUAAUCGCAGUGUUCUGGUUCAGCUCUCAUCAUGGUUCAUUAUUUGGCUGUUUUCCUGAUUCUCUGUAUCUGUGUCGGUUCGCUGGGAACAACCACAUCACCUCCGCAGCAAAACACAGCAAAGUUAAAAGAUUUGUGUGAGGUAAGAAAUCCAUAAAGAUAAAAAGGAAUACUACGCCGUGAAUUAGGUACACUGUACACGCAGAAACCAUUUUACUGCUUUCUUAUCACUAUAUAUAUUCUUUACGCAUAUUUAAAACUUCCCAAAAUAUAAAACGCAUUCCAGUACAUUUAAAAGUCCUGUUUCAACAUGAUCUUGCAUCACUAAAAACCUUAAGUCUUAGGUCAACUGUUAAGGUGGCUCCGUAAUUAAUACAAGAGCAUCUCAACCUGUGACAAAUUUUCCGUCACAACUUUUUCGAUUUUAACGCGAUGGCUGCGAAACUUUGCAAAGAACAACAGAUAUCAUUCGGCAAUAAGACGAAAUAUUCCGAUUUCAUUGAUGGUAAAUAUUUCUUGAGAAAUUAGCGCUUAAAAGGACCCUACUGUUCAAAGAAAAUCGCAUCUAAUAAAAAAUUUUGCUGAUAUUUUUUACCGAAAUUUCUGGUAUCGGCUUUAAUUGAUAUAAUAAAUAUGCCAGAGGAAUUUCAGAAAAAUCGUUGGAACAGAAGUCCGUAACUAAAAGUCGCUCAAAAUUCUGCUGUGAAAUUGUUUUGGAAUUUCAAAAAUAAAUUACUAUCAGGAAGAAGGAGAUACCAGUUUCAAUUUUCGGGACAAGUAAAUUCAGUGUUUGCUAAUUCUGAAAACAGAAGCCGAUUGCCUAUCGUGCUAUUCUUUAAAAGGUACUUUUCAGUUUUAGAAGCACUAUAAAUUGCUCCAAACCUUUGCUCUGACGUCGAAUGACUUGUUGUCCUUGUUCCUCGACAUUUUUAAAAUAUCCCUUGGCAGUUUUGGUUCAAACUCCUGCUGCACACAUUUUGAUGUAUUGCAAUGCAUCCUCAACGGCUUUUCCUGCUGUACGUUGUUUCCAAUUCAGGAAAAAGGUAUUGGGAUUGUAAGCUACCUUGUAUCGAAGCUCAGAUAGAACUGUCCAGCACCUUUGUUUAUGACCAGAAAAUGAGCACGAGCGGCACUUCUGCGAGGAAUUCGCACCUCAGCCAGGGGGGACGAAUGACAAUGAUGCCCACGUCUGUGAACCGAUCUGUAUAAACAUGUAUUGCAGAGCAAAACAUAAUAAUCAAGAAAAAAAUACCCAUUCAUUGAAGGAAGGAGUGACAAAAAUUUCAGAGUGGUAAAUUUAUUCACGGGCAGUAUUUUUGCGAUAAUUUUAUUUUGGACUGUGAUGUUAUUCGGUUCACAGGCAUGGUCAUCAUUGUCGUUCGUCCCCCCUGGGUGAGGUGCGAAUUCCUCGCAGAACUGCCGCUCGUGCUCAUUUUGUAGUCAUAAACAAAGGUGCUGGACAGUUCUAUCUGAGCUCUGGUACGAGGUAGCGUCCAAUCUCAAUACUUUUUUCCUGAGUUGGAAGCAACGAACAGCAGUAAAAGUCGUUGAAAAUGCAUUGCAAUACAUCAAAAUGUAUGCAGCAGGAGUUUGAACCAAAACUGCCAUGGGAUAUUUUAAAAAUGUCGAAGAACAAGUAAUUCUACCUCAUAGCAAGGUUUGGGGCAAUUUAUAGAGCUUCUACAACUAAACAGUACCUUUUAAAGAAUAGCACGAUAGGCAAUCGGCUUUUGUUUUAAGAAUUAGCAAACGUUGAAUUUACUUGUCUCGAAAAUUCAAACUGGUGGCUCCCUCUACCCGAUAGUAAUUUAUUUUUGAAAUUCCAAAACAAUUUCACAGCUGAAUUUUGAGCGACUUUUAGUUACGGACUUCUGCUCCAACGAUUUUUCUGAAAUUCCUCUGGCAUAUUUAUUAUAUCAAUUAAAGCCGAUACCAGAAAUUUCAGUAAAAAAUAUCAGCAAAAUUUUUUACUAGACGCGAUUUUCUUUGAACAGUAGGGUCCUUUUAAGCGCUAAUUUCUCAAUGAAAUCGGAAUACUUCGUAUUAUUGCCGAAUGAUAUCUGUUGUUCUUUGCAAAGUUUCGCAGCCAUUGCGUUAAAAUCGAAAAAGUUGUCACGGAAAAUUUGUCACAGCUAAAUGCUCUUGUAUUAAUUACGGAGCCACCUUAAAGUGGCUCCCUAGAGUAUUUACUAAUACAACCCUUGGUGUCUAGCAUGCGUUACACACACAGAAGUUUGUCUUUGCAGUGAUUUUGUUUAAGAGAUUCACUGCUAUGGUCACCCAUAUAAGAACGCUAAUUAUCAAGUUGCAUUUUCUAGAUAAAGGUUUGUCCCAUGGCAACAUCGCUUCCUUGGACAGACAGUAGUUUUAUCAUGUUUGAUCAUUUUUCCUUAAUACUUCUAAUUUUUCUCGGUGAAAUGUUUUUCAAUCUUUUCCACAUUAUAUUAACAAUAUUGCUUAACUUUUUAAAUUGGAAAAAAACAUGGGAUCGUUAAGACGGUUUUUCCAAUAUUCAGUAAUUUGUUGGUUAAUUUGUUACUUUUCUUAAUAAAAGCAGCUCGCUCUUACAAAUUAAUAAAAACAAGAGAAUUCAAAGGUACUAAAACUAGUAAGAAAUGAGGUAAUUAACAAAAAAGUGCCCAAAGGGAACGCGACAAAAUUCAUGGUUAUUUUUCCCUUUUUCAGAGGAAGAACACGCGUGGUUUGAGGAAAUGGGAGCAAAUACGCGCGCGAGCCAUUACACCCCCAUGCGCAUAAUGCACAUAGCUACUCAAAACAUGUGGUUUCUUCGAAAAGUACGAGAGCCCUCCUCAAAGCCGUUUAUUAGUAUUAUUAUGGUGUUAUCUCGCUAUUUUUAAGAGGAGAAGAUAGGGGAUUCAAUUUUAUACCUAAGAGUGGAUGUUUUUCUUCGAAAUACUUGACUAUUGUAGCCAGAAUUCGAGACGUGGUGGUCACUCGUGGUGAUCAGGCGGUCAUCGGAGAUGAAGAAUGUGGUUGUGCAAGGAUCGCAAUAAGCCAUUCAUUUCCCAACCUGCUGUUCACUGUUUGCAGAUCUUCAAUUGCCAGACCCCUUAGUCUCCUUGAUAUUUUUUUAAACUAUGCUCUUCAAUGCGGACGGCGAAGUUUUUCUUUUGGGAGGGGUUUGGGGGGGGGGUUGUCUGCAGUAAACGAUGGCAUCGAUCACAAUAGAUUACGUCGUCAGCUGCAUGCACAAGACUGUAGUUCUCGAAUAUUGCUUUCGUCAAGGGUCAGUCUGUGACUCAAAAAUUAUUUUUCGUUGUGCGAAAACAUCUUCUUGUGCAUCAUUGUCUUUGAAGGACCUUUGAACCAAGAAAAAGUACAAGGAUGAUUAGUUCGUCUUUGGAAAGGUUCCAUCAGGAUUUUGCUAGUUUGAAACCUUUUUCUUAAACGAGGUGAUAGACUGCAAAACCAAAAAAACGUUCACUGCCUGUAAUCUUUCCCUAAAGUUACUAUUCCUGCUAUUAGCAUUUCUUUAAUCAAAUAAAAUAUAAGAGAAAUGAAUUUACCAAGGAGCUCUGCCGCUUAAGACAUUCUUGUUUCUUUAGCACAUGGCUCGAUCUAGUUUCAGAUAAGUGACUUGUAACUCGUAUAACAUUGUCUGUUCUCAUAAAUGCUUGACCUUCACUAACCAAACUUGGGCGUAAUGGGCGUGAAGAAAGUCAAUAAAGGUUUUCUCUGGGAAUAUUUCGAAACUGAGAAGCCAUGCUUUGUUUAUUUUUGCGUGGACGUCGCGCGGUUUUUAAAGCUCGCGCCAUCAAACUCGUCGCCAGGGCGUUUUCCCUGUCUUUUCGCGCCAUACUAGUGCUCAGGCUGCGCACUGCCAAUUUACUCUUGGGAGCCACCUUAAGUUUCUCUGAUUCCAAUAAUUUCCAUUCUUUAGCUCAUACUGAUAAUAUAUAUUUCAAUUUCUCUUGCUUUUCUAAAAAAGAAGAAUCCAGUUACCUCUGUCAAUUAUAUAUGAUACGUCAAGUCUCAGAUACGUCUAUUCGAGGCUAGAUAGAACGCUUAAGGUGAUUAAUGUAUUCAUUGUCCAUUGUGGUUCUCAAACAAAAGAGAAUGCAAUAAUGUAUGUCCUUUCGUGACUAACAUUCAAUUAUAGUAUAAAUUGGGGUUAUGUCGUAUGUAAGAUUCAAUUUUCUCUUCGUCUCUGCAUUAAAUUCCAAAUCAUCUUUACUUUCAGCGAUCUUUAGUGGGUUUCCCUGGUAUUCCAGGAUCAAAUGGCAUGCCGGGAAUGCCGGGCGUUCCAGGACCCCAAGGACCCCAGGGAAGGGAAGGUGCAAAAGGACAAACUGGUGAUAAUGGAUUGCAAGGAAUGUCAGGUCCUAGAGGAGACAGAGGGCGCGAAGGACCCCCUGGGAAGAGUGGACCCCGAGGAAUUCAGGGAAUGAAAGGUGAACAGGGACUUCUGGGAAUGAAAGGAGAGCAAGGAGCUGUGGGAAUUAAAGGAGCACGAGGCAUUAUGGGGAAUCAAGGAAAAAAAGGAGAGAAAGGAGAGAAAGGAGAAAGCGUCAAAGCAAGUCAAGCAAGUGUAGUACCACAAACCAACUGGAAACAAUGUGUGUGGAAAUCAGAAAGCAGUACUGAUAACGGAAAGAUUAAGGUAAAUAGAAUUAGAAUCAUAGCACGCUCCAAAGGAAAGUAAUUCCUCUCUAAAUCAAAAUAUUUCAAAGAAAAACAUCUCCCCUCUCACUCGCCGUUUGCAAACAAAUCACAUAAAUAACUAAGUUACAUUUCUCUCCACUUUGAUUUUUUUGAACGAAAAAAGGAAAACAAUCCUGGGUGAUAAAAUGAUUCCUGGCCAUAUAGAUAAGGACAACGAAAAUUGAAGCUAUUACAGAGUUUUUAAAAAUUAGGAAGUAAUCUUGACUGGAGUUGUUAGUAUCAAUCAUUACACACGGUUGCUCGCCUUACUACAAUAUGUUUGAUUUUUAUAUUCCAGGACUGUGCGUUUAACAAACUGCAGUCUAAUUCAGCGCUCAGAGUCUCAUUCCAGGGAAACAUGAGGGUCUAUGGUGAUGCUAGGUGUAACCGGUGGUAUUUCAAGUUCAAUGGAAACCAAUGCAGUGGACCAAUGACGAUUGAGGCUGUUGUUUACAACAGCUGGCCAUCUGGGACCCCUAAUCUACUGCAUCAUCGAUCAUUUGAGGGGUACUGUGAAAACAUUCCACAAGGAGCGGUCAGAGUGGAAUUAUGGGUAGGAAAGUGCAGUAGCCAAACCCUGGGUAAUGCUGAAACUGGGUGGAAUUCAGUGUCCCGGAUAAUGAUUGAAGAAGUAUCCAGGCCCCAGUCCUAAUAAGAGGAGUCUUUAACUUUAACUUUAAUGCUGUUUUCAUUUCCUUAGAAUAGCAUUCUACAAAUAUAGACUGUAAAGAGCAAGGUACGAAAGUAUUGUUUUUGGUUAUUUUCUUUUUAGUCCUUUGUGGCCACUUUCGUCGUAUUAAACUCCAGGAGCCUUGGCUCCUGUAAACUCUUAUAACAGUAUUAAAAUUUUGUAUAAUUAUUUAGGCAUGUUAGUCUCCUAUUCAUGCAAUUUUUUGCAGCAGUUCUACGUUUUGUCACGCAGCGCUUCUCUAUGUGGGGAGGCACCUUUCUUGAAGACACAAUAAUCGGCUGAGCGCGUAGGGAAUUGGUCCGUCCCUGAUGCAACAGUUUUGUCCUGUCAUGAAAAGCUCUUUCCCGUUGCUUGACGAGAUAAAACAAAAGUUGCUGUGAUGGAGAGCCAUUGAUUGGCAAUACUUUUCAAAGGUGAUAUGUUGUGGAUGCAAAAUAUAUCACUGCAGCUUCAGGGGAACCCGUUCUCUCUUGGGUUACCAUGCCACAUCACCAGAUUACCGUUCAUUUCUUUAAGUCUUUAAAUUGAUUAUAUUAUGCAGGCAAAGCAAACGUCGUGAUAUAAUCUUUCAUCUGGAAAAAAAAUUGCUUAAGAAGUUAUCUUCGCCGUCAAAAUAUUUUAGAAAAUCUUUAAUUAAAUAGCGACUUAAACAUGUACGAUUCCUUUUGUAGCUAAACACUUUGAGGCAAAACCUCAGAAACCUUUGCCAAAAUCGGAUAAAAAUUUUGAGGAUUAAAAUCUCACCUAGUAAAAUGUAUAACAAUCAGCUGGAAAGAUAAAAAUAUGAUAAUAGGAUAACUUGAUUAUCGCUAGCCUGCGUGGCAAGCGUUCGAAAGGGAAGGGAAGGGAAUUUAAGCGCGAGAUCGCGCGCGAAGGAGAAGGGAGGAUAGGAACGCGUUCCCCUUCCUCCUUCCUCGCGCGUCCUUCGUGCUUCUCAAGCGCCCAAAAUCCUAUUUCCCUUCCCUUCGGAACGCUUGCCACGCCGGCUAGAUUAUCUUUUAAACAGUGGGAAGAAAUGGAAUGUUUGUGCUGGUAACAUUGAGAUUCUUGUCAAACCUUCCCGUUACUUUAAUUGCCAACGAGGCAACCGAGCUAAGAAGCGAGGUUGACUCGCCGGCAGAAUUAUAACGCUGCGUAAUGUAGGCAAAAACUCUCAAAUUCUGCGUAACCCUCUAAAAUUUGCAUUUUUGACCAUAUUUGGGUGUAAGUAAGACCCAAUAUUUGGGUAGUGAUGUCAUGGUCUUGUAUUUACAACUCGUGGUCCGAAAUUGGGUGAUUCAGUGUGCGGCUGUUCGUUGUCCGUUCAAGAGGACCUAACAGGUGAGCAAGCUUUGAUACGAUUUCUAGUUUGAAAGGGUAAUUAGUGCUCUGGUUUGCUUUAUAAAUUGCGUUUAAAGCAGCAGCUUUAAAAAAUACGGUUUUACGCUCAAAUUUUUGUCAGAACCAGCUUAUUCUUUGCAGCUCGAUUUACAUUGAGGUAGCGUGUUCGCUUCUCGACUCAGAAUCAGGGUUUUCAGUGUUCUCUUUUCCUUUGUGAAUUGAAUUUUAAGCGGUAGUUGAUAAAGGUCUAGGGUUAUAUUCUCAAAACUUUUAUCAGAACGAGAGUGUUCUUCGCAGGUCGAUUUACAUUGAGCCGGUCCUCACCUCCCGUGAGACGUAUUUGCGGACCUUUUAUUUUAGAAUUUAUUCGAGAGUUUUUGUCAACCAGCAUGUUUUGUUGCUGCUCGAUUUACAUUGAGACAGCCCCAAACUCCCGUGAGGAAUGCAACGAAUUUGCCGACCUUUUGUUUUGAAGACCAUCAUUACGACUUUCAAGAGACUCUUUGUCCUGUGACACUCGCUCAUUAGAUCUUUAUAUUUUAUUCAAGGUUAUAUUUUUAUACCUCUGAUACAUUCUGCUCCGUUCUUGCGCUUGUCACGCAUUUUACUUCACACCAAUUUUUUCGUACGUAUAUUACCACGCGAAACAUUUUUCUUCUCCCUGAUGACGCUGUUGCUCAGAAUUUAAUUAUUGUUUAUAAUUUCAGCAGUCAAAGGCCUCAUUUGAACUAUCUUUUUCUUUCUUUGGGAACUUUAAUCACCCCUGUAGUGCUGUAUGGGUAUACCCGGCUCUCUGUUUGGGGAAAAAAUAGCGAGGAAAGGGAAGGGAAAUACAUCAAGUUAUAAGAAGUUAAGUUAUGCCGGACCAUCGAAGUACGAACUUCGUCAAGAGUACAGUUUUCUUUUAUUUAGCAAGCCCUUCAUUGCUUUGUAGGUUUUUAUAUACCAUAAAUUUGACGAGUUUAUCUUUUUCUGUGUUUUUGACGGUUUCGUUAAAAAACUACUGUUACUUUUAUCUUAGCCUGAUACCAACAUCGCCCUUGGAGAGCAAUCUUUUCUACCAUAUCUUAACCGAAAAAACGUUUCCUCGAUGUUUCAACCGGAGGUGAACUAAUAAAAGGUUAGAAUAGCCAAAAAACAGUGCACCUAUGAUAUUAAAAAGAGUACCAAUGUAUAAUAAAUGUCGACCCUGCACCGACCCAUAGGAGCUCCUCUGAUUUUAUAUCUGGGUCGGAUGAAACCCAAGCAGGAUAUUGCCACCUUUGCCCAAUAAGGAUACACCUAAAAUAAAGAAAGGAGCUAAUCCUGGGUGUCAAACCAAGUGACUUCUAAACCCAAGGCUUCAGUCAAUAUAAACAUACGCGUACUACACGUACAUAGUGACCAAUGAAUACAAACCACCUUUUACAAUAACAAAGAAACAUCAUUGAAUUUCGUCAGUCACCUAACCGAAAACUAUAUUUUAAUUUAUAAUUAAUGACCAUAACAAGUAAAUUAACUAUCCUAAUUAACAGAUAAAAACCAGUUUGUCUAAGUUACGUGCUCGAUGACGUCUUCAGGUUUCAGCCCGAGGGAUAAGUAAAGCUGAAAACAUAAUUGAAUCGUUAAUUUGGCAAAAUUUAAUUUUCCAUUAGCAUUAAGACGUUUGGUACCGCUAUACCUUUUACAGAAAGGAAAAAAGUCGCCAUUUUAUUUUGUUUCUUCUAGUGAAUAGGUACACAACUAUCUAUCGAAGACGGCGGAGAUAAAACGCGACGGAAAGCGUCCUGGCUUUGUAGCGCAAUGAACCGACCCUGUGGAGGAGCUAGUAGACGUUUGCCAUUCUCACCCGAUCAGUGAUUAGAAAUGGCGCAUGGAUUGGUUGGCUCCCGUCAACUAGGAACAUUCCUUAGCUAUGCACUGUUUUAGGAGGGGCGUCAAAAUGGGCUGUCCUCAGGGGCACCCAACGACAAUUUUCGGAAAAAUAUCUGUUCGGAAGACGAUUUGAGAUCUAGAAUUUUCGGAACAUUUGUUGUAAAAUUUCUUGCUUGCCUGCCUCGCCUAGGAUUUUCGAACAUCUAAAAAAUGGUAAAAUUGCCCAUUUUCAACGGAUUUUUACCCUAAAAAGGUCACCUAGAAUUUUCGGGAGCCUUUUUUAUGGCUGAAAUUUUCGAACAGGUAAGUUUUGAUCCCUACAAUUUUCGGAUCACUAGACUUUCAGCUAGGAAAUCCGAACAGAUGAAAAAUUUAUAGGGAAUAAAAAUAUGCCCAUAUCCACCGUUUAAAUACUAAAACACGUUUAACAAUGCUAUGUUUAAGUGGUUUUGAACUAUAUUCUCGUUGGGUGCCCCUGUGUCCUUUCGCGACAACCAGCAAAAACCAAGAAAGAGACGAAAGAUGGUUUGUUUUGUUUCGUGAUAAUUAGACUUGCCGGAUUUACAGUAACCUGACCCUACCCUGUUUAAGACAAAGAGAUAUUGUUUUAUGACCCUAACUCAUUUCGUUUCGCAAACAGAAUUAAGCGUUUUGUUAAACGAUUAUCAGGGAAUUUUACAAAAGGAUUAUUUAUAGCUUAAAAGUAGGCCCAACUUUCACACUCUUUAAAAGGCAUCCGGUCCAAAAAUUCAGCUUGUUAACGACGCUAAAUAGUGAAUUAGUUGACCCUGUUUGAGACUCACUUGUGAGACCUUAAAACCAACUUCCUGUUGUUCAGUGGCACGUAACCUUUUAGAAGUAAUAAGGGAAUCCCCCAGGUCUUCAAUUAAAUUUGAAUUGGCCAUUUUCGAAAGGUUUGAUAGUUCGUCAUUUAUAAAACGGGUGUAGUUUCUAUGCUUCUUCUUCUAGCCUGUAAAACAGGUGUUAUUUACUUAUUUUUGUUUGUUUAUUUGUUUGUCUCUGAUUUUCGCUUUUUCUCGCGGGCAAAGGUAGGCACGAGGCGAUCAUCUUAGAACGCUUGAUUUUGCAGCAAAAAAGAGAUCUGAUGACAAAAAGAUUAGAAGACAAAAAAGCUUUUUGAUUCUGAUUAUAAACAAGCACCCUCUAUAUUUGCCGACACGUUUACUUAAUAAGAUUAUAUGAGAUUUUUUCUCCGCUGAGCUUUCGAAAUAAUCUUACCUCGUAGAUUUGUUUUUUAGCAGAUAAUUGUUCUUGGAGAUACUACCAUCUGAAGUGACUUAAUAAAUUGUUAAUUCUUGGACACUGCUAAGCGAAAUACGACUUGCCCAAGCCGAGAGCUGAAGAAGGGAAUUGACCUGUGAGACACUCCAACAAAUGACGAUAUUUUGCCGUGAUAAUAGGGUUCAGUAACUUUUUAAUCCUUCUAUAUGCAGUCAAAGCUCUGCUCGCAACCUCUCCCGUAAGCUAGAGGCGACCAGUUUACCGUAACGACCAGGUAACUCGAACUCUGAAAGGAAAGGAAAAGCAGUUCUAGUUAGAGGAGAAUUUGACUUAUCAGGGUAAAUUUCAGUAACGGUUUUGAUCAAGGGAAAGCAAAUGAAAUCCAGUCAUCCGAAUCAAAAAUCGAGGUUCUACCGACUUAAAAUGAAUGACUCUGGGUUAGCCUGUAUUACCAACCAGUGCAACCCUUAAGAAGGAACAUUCAUAACUGAAUAUUCUCUAAGCAUUUUGCGGGUAACUAGUCAGUGGAGAUCCGGCUGAAUAUAUUACAUGGCAAGUACUUGCGCAUUUGAUCAUAUCUUUUAAUGUUAAAAUGCACAAUAAAAGUAAUGAACAUUAUUUAGUACUUUUAAGUACCUUUCAAAAGGUGAAGAAAACCUAGGGGGAAUGAAGACGCGCGUGAACGGGAUACCACAAAUUCAAGCGCCUAGCCCUUGACGCAGGUUUGGGAGAUCAAGUGACAAAAGGAAAAGCGGAGAUACAACGUUGUGCUUGUUUAUAUAAUUCGGGUAGUUUAAUAGUGAGCUUAAAAGACGUUUUGAGCCGGACGCACGUCAACCGAAAGUGCGUCUUUUGCACCUUGGGCAGUAUUCUGCCGAGCAGUAUGAUGCCCAAAUUUUCGGGCAAAGCGUUCUAUUAAGACUAUUAGGGAUAGAAAUGUGGGUUUCAUGACAUAGUUUAAUGAAAGAAAGAUAAAGGUCUCACUUUCUAUUGACGUGCAUCGAACGUCUUUGCUUGAGCUCCCUAUUAAAAAAAGAAAGAAGAGACAAUGUUGUGCCAAAAUUAAAAAGAAAGAAAAUGUACAGUUCGCACCAUGUCAUAAUGCUAAUGGCAAUGGUUCGAAAGGAUGUCAGAAAUUUUGCAUCGGCUGUAAAACAAUGCUGAAUUAUUCGCGUUGGCCGUUUUGAAAACCAGCGAGUAAAAAAUACAAAAUAAUAGUAAGUCUUGUUUUAAGUUCACCACCGACUACAACUAACCAACAAUGGUUUCCGCAACCACAAUAACAAUUUGCAUUUCUAGCUUUUAUCUAAGACAAAGGGUGUUAUGAGCAACUCCAUGCAAAUAUCGACCAAAGUGCGGCAAGGCUCAAAAAAUAAAAAUCGCUCUUCUUUUGCAUACUGAUAGACUUUAGUAAGUGUACAAACGCCAAGUAGUUUUUUCUUCGAAAGAUCUGUUCGUUUCCGAGAAAAACAAGAAAACCGUUUCAAGCCCCGCCGUCGAUUUCGCAAGCCGAAAACAGGGUUGAAAUUCACUAUGAUUCGCUCGACUUGCAUUUCAAAACCACCGCGCUAGAAAAAAAGCUUGUUGCUAAACUUGUAAGUACAACUCGUCGUUGACCAAAAUAUAUAAUAUUUUUAGCAUUACAACAUUCUGAGUAAUUAUAAAAAAGCUAAAGCGUAUGUCUACCUUUUGUUCAACCACGGAAGGUAGUUGAAAAAAGCGACGAUUUUCGUCAUGUGCCUUUGAUCAGAAUUUUUCAAGAUUGAAAGGGAAAACUCUACAAGCAUCAAACUAUUGUGUUAUGUUAAAAUUAUUUUGGGGAAAUCAUUUUGAGCUUCUCAGAAAUUAUUUCAAAUUCGUGUUACAGACAACAUAGAAUAACGGCAUCCAACCCAUGAGUCACACGACCACCACCAACAAUUUGACUUUAGGUUUCCGUUUACAACGCUGAUAGCCUUGAUAUGUAGAACAAUUUUUUUAAAAAGCUCACCUUAACCUGUAUCUGUUGUACUUUAAGCUCCAAGUUGUUUCAUUUUGCUGUCUUAUCACCUAUGUUACCGUAGUCAUGAAGUCCGCUGGAAUGUGUGCGUUGGAGGUGCGUGACAGCUUUCUGGUAAUUUCUUCAUCCCUCUGUUUUCUCUAAUGUUUUCAAGUUAACAUCUCAUGUUUGUUAAAAAUUUUGAGAACCCUGGACCUUAAAAAAGCCGUCUAUAAAAUAAAGCUCGGUAGUUUAACUGUCAACAAAGCAAAGUUGCUUGCUGAGGGGGGCGUAAGGGGGGUCCGAAAACCGCAAAACCGCACAGAAAUACGCCAAAAAACCGCAAACCGCAUCGGAUUUUUUCCCGAAUACCGAAACCGCGCGUACAUGUAGGCCACAAUAUGAAAGCUGACGUCAGCAAGACUUGUGAUAUAUUCUGAUGACAUUGUGCGUCAUAACGCUAACGAUAUGUUGUACUGUAAUUUUCAAAGCGAAACGAAAACAGAGCCUGAUCUCAGGUUAGUACUACACUACUAGGUAUACCUAUCGAUAGAGUGUCAACGAGCAAAUCAUGCGUAUUUUGCUUAGGAAUAAAAUUCCUUUUUUUCCCCAUUUGACCGUUUCUUGGUCCCUUCCUGUUGCAAGGAUUAUUUUCUUGAAAAGUUCUCAGAUUCAGUCUGGUGGCUUUACAAACCUGCUAUGUUAUAGUGUGAAGUGCCUUGAAAGAAUAAAGUCAGCUUUGCAGAGGAAGCGAUCGGGAAUAUUAUUAAGUCCAGCUACAAAUCUACUGUCGGUUCGGUUUCACAUUGUUGAUAAAUAUUUGCACAGUUUAAUCAUUUAAACCUCCUUUCAAAUUUCCCAAGGCUUUUUGUUAUCGGAUUGAAAUUUAGAAUGAUUCGCUGGGCUAUCUGAAAUGUUUCCAAGGAUAUGCGAUGUACGGCACGUCGGUAUUUAAUUUUAGUUCAUUAUUUUUAUACUGAACUCGGCCACGUUUCGAAAAAAACUGAAUGGCGUUGUUUUCUUUUCCUUUGUCGUUCGCUUUGGGCUUGUAAUUCGUUUUUGUUCCCAUUGUUUUUGUUUGCUGGUUAGAUUUUUUCCCCCAAAAAGAUUUUCCAACAGAAGCGACUGCAUUCUUCGUGUCAAGCUUUCCUUAUCUCCUUGUGUAAUCUGAUCCUUUUUAGUGGUGAGAAUAUUGCUUGCUGCACAUAGAACACUUUUGCUGUUUUACAAACUUCUCUUCGUUAAAACUUAACAUUAUGGCCCCUAAAAUUAAUAGAAUAUAUCAAGUGCUCAUGUCUCUUGACUGCGGUGGCCGGGUUUGACCAAAAAUGUAGCUAAAUAAACACAGGAACCCUGACAGGAAGUCACGACGGCGGGAAGUGUGUGAAAUUUUGUUUGUUAUUCAACUUGAGCCCGUGCACCAGGUACUGCCUUUUGAUUGGUUCACAACUGACCACUUGGUCUCAGGGGAAUCAUUAGGUUACACUUUUUCAGCUCGAUCGAGAAUUUUUCCGCCUAUUGCCCAGUCUUGCGCGGCUCCAUUCUGCUGCCGCCUCGCCAUCCGAGCGUCUUCGCUCGGAUGGCUCGUUGGCAAUUAUACUCUAUUUACUACUAACCAAAUGCCAAGUAUACUGGUCAUGUACUUGAACGAGUAUUGGUAUCUCCCUUGACUUUGAAAAAAUGUGUCACUGAUCCUGUACGUCUUACACUGGGUGACUGAUUACUUUGGACGUCCCUAUGCUAGUUGUGGAACGCGGAAUAAAUGUUUCUUCUGGAAUUGUGACCUUCUUGUCUCGUAAGGAGUUCACGUUCAGUGGAGAAGACAAUUGUUAAAACGUACAGCUCUUCUGAAAUUCUCCCCUUCCUUUCCUUCUUCAUAGAAGAUUGCCACGCAAUUAAUUAUUACGUCCUCUUCGCUUUCAGUUGCGACCUCGACGACCUCAGCUGCCAUUGUGGCGCAUUGAAUCAAAGCAACGAGAACACGAGGUUGUACGGCUGUACGAGCUAACAUUCCGCAUGGAAUUUCACGAAGUCGACACAUCAUUGGCCAAAACGGUUAAUCACAUUAAGUAUUAACUGGAAAAGGCCGUAAUUGCAAACCACAGAGUUAAAUUGUAAGCUGAUAUAAUGAACGCUGAUGCGUCGUAAAACAAAACACUUGGCUCGCGCUUGCAAAACAACCGGAUGCCGACCGUUCUAAAGAGUGUUAUCACCGCAGACACUUUUUUUUCACCGAAAACCGCGACUUGUGGAUCCGUUCACUUCAACUAAUCUCAUUUGCAUAGGAGUGUGCCAAGGGUCUACUUCCGGUAAUAUACACGUGACGAGCUUCACCGACUUUCACCCGUUUUUCCCAGUACACUGAAGAAGCUUCAUCUUUUAUAUUCCUCCUUCUUCAAAAAUACUCCAGUUGACAUUAUUUUACCUGAGAAUUAUCUUUAAUAUUUUGACAUUUUAGGCAUUUGAUUAACAUUAUCGAAUUAAAUUUAGUUUAAUUUGAUUCAACCGUUCAUUCCCACUUGAAAAAGAAAAAGAUCUCAGCAUAAACACUGAUUGUGUGCGCUCUUCUUCGAUGAAGCUAUGGAAGGUUCGUGCUCCUUCGAGUCAUCAGUAGGUACUCUGUGUUCGUUUGAUAGAAGGGAUAAGCAGAGAUCAACUGAGAUUGUUAAAUUGUCGCUAUCAAACUAUUAAGGACGUAACUGGGCAUAGAUCGACAUGGUCUCUUUCUAGCCAUUGAAAGCGAAACAGACUUUAUUUUAGCUCAGAACUGACCAGCCAGACCAUUCCCGUCGCAAUGAUAAUUUCCCUUUUAAUCAAACUCUUCAGCUAGAUCAGUCAAAUCCGAAAUAGUAUGCUCUAAAGAGAACAUUUUUCGGCAAAACUCUUGGAAAAAUCCUAUUUCAUUUUCAAAAUGACUGGUCAGGCAAAGAUCCAGCCGGCCAGUUCUGACAAAUGGAAAGCGCCCUAAGUUCCUUUAAUAUAUGCCCUUUCCAUCUUUCUGAGCUCGGUAUUGGGUGGUGACGGAACAGUUAUUCCAAUUCGUGCCAAGUUCCAAAGGAAAGCGCCAAUCACAUAAUUGAAAGAAGAGGGAAACCUGUUAAAGCCGACAAAAGAGUUAGACGAAGAACAUUUCAAAAUAUAUCUAUCAGCAAACCGGUAUCCUCAUUCCUGUAGGCUCAGUUACUCUUGGUUUAUUCACUGUAUUAUAUUCUUAUAAGUCGCUUAAAUUCAAUCCACGAAUACUGUAUAAAGUUUAUCAUAGUUGUCAACUCUCUUAGAUAACCCAGAGUCUCCCCGGUACCAAUCCACCUAAUCUGUCCGAUAAAAUAAACCUUUCAGUUUUUUUCUUAGUUUGAAAUUAAACCCGAUUUCCCCCAGAGAAAAUAUAUUUUUUUAAAAUUUAAAGAUCGUAGUCCAGUUCUGAUGGCAUUUGUUGUUGUCGUUUUAUUUUAUUCUAUUUUUUUACAUUUACUUCAAACGACUGACUUGUACCUCCUUCAAGACAACGUGUGGGGAUAUGGCGAAUGACGAAGCCAUUGACUUCAAGCUCAGAAGCAGAUGCGCUUGCAGAAUGUUACAAGAACGCUGGACACUGGGGAUCACGAAUAGAAAUCUUAUCUAUUACGAACGGACCAUUAGAAAAGUUAUUUUUUUAAUUUUUUUUUUCGUUAUCAAAUUCCUUCUUGAAUUUCAGUUUUAGGCCGUAGCAUGAAUAUUUUUUAGGGUUAAUUGGCUUGCAUGAAUUUUUUUUUCAUUUAAUUUUCCCUUGCGCGAAUAUUUCUUUUGUGCCUCGCCCGUCCCACCCCCCCACCCCCCCGCCCAAUAAUGUUUCUUUCAAUUCACGAAAAGUGACAUUUAGCACAGCAGAAAUUACAUUUGUCCUUUAAGGCACUCUGAAAUAACGCACGUGCAGGCCAGGAUUACCCACAGCCAACAACUUGGUUCCACCAGUGGUGAUGGGAAGAAAACAUGUACACAAUUUGUUGUUAAGACAUCUUUUGUUUUGAUAAUGCCCACGUCUCGAAGCAAUGCAAAUCUUCAGUGAGGCUACCAAUUAAAUUCUUCAUUUUCAAAACGCAUGUUUUACGUUUGCUUUUCGCCUGCUUUUAGCGGAUCCAGACCCCGGACCCCGGGAUCUUGACAGCUGUAAUCACAGGUAGCCCAAGCUCACUAUGCGAGCCGUGAACAACAUUAUCCUACUUAGCUAAUUAAUUAUUCAUACAGCAAGAAAAUUAUAAGACGUUGUAUGGAGAAAUAUUCUUUGCUCACUAAAUUAGCAAAAUGUACAUUGAAUAUCGCUUUGAAGCUUACCUUUAGCGUCUUCUUGUUUUUCUUUGUAUUCUGACUGCAUUUCAGACCUCCUAGGCACUGUUUAAGGCCUUUUUUGGAGCGACAGUUUUUCACCCAGAUGAUAGCAUCUGGGUGAAAAACUGUCGCUCCAAAAAAGGCCUUAAACAGUGCCUAGGAGGUCUGAAAUGCAGUCAGAAUACAAAGAAAAACAAGGAGACGCUAAAGUUAAGCUUUAAAGCGAUAUUCAAUGUACAUUUUGCUAAUUUAAUGAGCAAAGAAUAUUUCCCCAUACAACGUCUUAUAAUUUUCUUGCUGUAUGAAUAAUUAAUUAGCUAAGGAGGAUAAUGUUGUUCACGGCUCUCAUAGUGAGCUUGGGCUACCUGUGUUGAAAGUAAUUUGCAUACUGAGUCACAAACGUUCGCAUGGGCGCUUUUAAUAUCCUUCAGAUUGGCGCUUCCUUCUGCGGUGUCCAGCAGCAUUUAGAGACAAACGUUUUUGACAUAUAAGGAAGAGAGGGUUUACUACGUGUUUACUAAGCGAUCUUCGUUAGAAAGCAUGCGUGUUAGUUAUGAGUCUCAAACAGAGUUUAAUAUAGAAUGGCAAACUUGAACAGAUGGCAACGGGAAACAUUUUGCCGUGAAACUAGACCCGAAACAAAGAAUAGGGUAAGUACUUUAACAUUUAGAACUUUGUGCGUGAAUAUUACCAGGACUUUUUAGGAGAGACGUUAUGACCUUUGCCUGGUCGACUGACAAUUGUCACGCAUAUGUUAAAGAUGGCGUUACUUUAUGUUGUCUGUAAAACGAUUUUCAAAUAAUUUCUGACAAGCUCAAAAUGAUUUCCCCAAAAUAAUUUUUACAUAGCAUAAACGUUUGAUGGCUGUAGUGUAUUUCCCUUCAAUCUGAAAAAAUUCUGAUCAAAGGCACAUGAUGAAAAUCGUCGCUGUUUUCAACGACCUUUCGUCGCUAAAUAUCAGGUAGCCGUACGCUUUAGCUUUUUUAUAAUUACUCAUACUGAUGUAAUGCUAAAAAUAUUAUAUAGUUCGAUCAACGACGAGUUGAACUUAAAAUUUUAGCAAUAACUUUUUUUCCUAGCGCGAUUGUAUUGGAACGCGAGUCCAGCGAAUCACGAUGAUUUCAACCCUGUUUUUGGCUUGCGAAAUCGCUUGUGAGGCAUGAAACGGUUUUCUUCGUUUUUCUCGGAAACGAAUAGAUCUUUCGAAGAAAAAACUACAUAGCGUUUGUAGACUUACUAAAGUGUACCAGUCUGCAAAAGAAGAGCGAUUUUGAUUUUUUGAGCCUUGCCACGAAUCGGCGAUUUUGGUCGAUUUUUGCAUGGAUUCGCUCUUAUCACUCACGUUCAAAGUUUUGUUUUUUAUGAAUUUUAAAAACAAACUCGCACAAAAAACAUAAAGACACUAUGAAUCAAUUUUGGUUUGGUGACAACCAAUGCCAAAUUUUUGCGUUGUUAGCUCAUUGUUUAAAUUCGUCGUUUACAAGUCGUUUUCUCUUCUCUAGCUUAGAAUCAGUGGUCAAAUGAAACGUUGUCUUUGUGUACACUACGGUUUUUGUCGUUCUGCUUACACCCUAACGUUCUAGUAAACUAUAACUGAACCGGUCGGCCGCUAAGAGAGUCGUUGAAUUUCCUUUCUUCUAUUUUGAUUUGAUGUACACAGUUUAUCGGUUAGCUUCGGUUCAUCCGAUUAGUUCUUUAAAAGAAUUACCGCAGUUUACUUGCCUCGCCAAAACAAGGAAGAAUUAGAUAUAAUAUAUGUCGCAAAGAUAAGACAGAUCGAUAUAAAUGUCGCUGUUUAAUGAAUCUGGGAAUGCCAGCAUCGAUAAUCAGAAUGCCGUUUCUUCUCUUUCUUUCUAUUUCUUAAAAAAAGUGUCCAUUUAACGAGAAGGCCAGAAAAAGUUUCAUUCAAAGGUACUUCCCUUUGCCAUUUCAAAUCACAACAACGAACAAACCAGUUAAAGAUAAAAGAAUCGGUAUUGUCCAAUCAGUUUUAUUAGUUAUAGUGACGUCAGUAUUUCCUGAUUGGCUGACGUCUUCUCUAUUGUUCUGUUCCCUAUAUAUUUGCGAUACCACCCGGAUGGUUUGGGCGGAUCAGUAAAACCAGCGCACCACAAACUUCUCUUGCCAACACCUAAGAUAGCAAAAUACAAUCUUACGCUCAAUCUCAAGCACCAACCAGCAUAGUUAUUUAUGUUCAAUGAGGCACUUUCAAAUCAUUUUUAAAUUACAUCGUUAUGCGUAUCCGAUGCAUUGCUUGCAUUUGAUUAACCCAGGUAGCAUUGGGGGCUCACUCAAGGAAGCUGAAUAAGCACAUGGAAAUUAAGGCACCGUUUCCAUUGUUUCAACAGAAUAUUAUAUCAAUAGAUGGAGGCUAAGCAGGUCACUGAAGUGAAACAGAAGGGGACAGUGGUAAAGAAAUAUUUUGAUUUACGAGACCAGUGGCUUAUAAUUCAUACUUGUGAAGAAAAGAACGAAGAAUCGAAAGAUACUUUUCUACUUAUGAGAUCACUCUGAAAAAGUUUAUUAUGGGGAAUUGUUCCUUUGAUUUUCUCUCGGUCUUGAUUAGAUUUACACUCCAGUUGUACACGAUCCAAAUAAAAAUAACUUAACCCCCAGAAUUAGUUAGCAAAUGAUAAACAUCAAUUGAGUCUGUAAGUUUCAAAUGAGUUCAAUCAGUGAUCUAAUAUAAUAACAAAUAAAACAAAAAAAAAAAACACUUUCAAAGGUUUUUAAACUUCGCUUAAUUAAACAGGGGCACCGAAGGUCAAUUUUCGAAAAUAUCUGUUCGGAAGACGAUUUGAGAUCUAGAAUUUUUAACGGAUUUUUACCCUAAAAAGGUCACCUAGAAUUUUCGGGAGCCUUUUUUCUGGCUGAAAUGUUAAAAAAGGCAAGAGCAAGUACAAGGAUAGAAAAUGUAACAUGUGAAAGCACACGGUUCAGAGCAAAGGUAUUUUUUGAUCAUUUAAAUUAACUUUCCUUUAAGCUUUUGGAAUUAUUUGCCUUAAGGUGGAGAAAUGGAAGCUGAAUAUCUUGCAUUCUUAUAGAAAUCAAUCGCCCACUUACUUACGAAACAGCCAGAGUUUGUAAACGUAGUCAUAUUCUCUUGGUGAUUGCAAAAAUUGCUCCAAUUAUCUUACACAGAUUCUUAAUAUCUAUCUGGUUUAGGCCAGUUUUUAUCUUUUUAUUUUCUGUUCAAGAGAUUCGAGAUCGUUCCUAUAAAUCAUAACGUGAAAAAAGGGUUAAAGCCCUCUUCUUACAAGAGCAAGGUUUCUUCAACAAGGAACGAAAACUUCCUCUCCAACAGUUACUUAACUCCUCAGUCAAGUUCCAAGAGAGACCAUAAAGUCAAUUUUCUCCUAACAGUGUCAAUACAUAAUCAAGAGAAACUGCCUUGAGAAUUAAUGAAAUGAUCACCUGAUGGGCAGAGCUUUGAUCUAUAAAUUCUCUUAACCAGUUCUUGAAGGAAAUGUAUGGAGAUCAGUGUGGAAAAUUUGUUUUGGGAUAAAGUUGAGGCUUAAAGGGUUGAAGGGGACAUGUCAUGAGGAUAUUGUUGUUUUAAGUCAAUCCUGUGCGGAAGUCAUACUGAUUACUAAGUGCCAUUUAACCCAUACACAAAAUGACUCGUUAGAGAUUUGACGGAGAUUUCAAACAAAUUUCACAGGGAAGAAUAACCAUGAUAAUAAUAUUUUUGCUGAUUUUAGAAACUGUAGUUAAACUUGAAACAAAUUGUCCCAACUUUUUACAUGUUCCAGUUCGUGUCCAUGCUUGAAAUCUGUUCCAAUAGUGUGGGGUGAAAGCUGAACAGCCUCUAACAUAUGGUCUCGCAACAAAUUUGCAGUAAGUAUCCAUUGCAAAAAGUAGGGUCAAGGUCUCCUAAAACUUGCUGCAACAAAAAUGCUGCAUCGAGCGCUAGCGGCGUUCUGAGGACUUAUGUUAUAAUUUAGAUCUAGAGUUGUCUUUAAGAGUGAAAAAUGGGGGAAAAAAGGUCCCAAUACAAAAAUUUCUACUCUAAAUUAUACUUAAUCGGAUGUGCGUUUCCACGGUCCGAUUAUUAUGAUUUCCUAUGACUUAGUGUUUCCACAGAAAACAAGACCUUAAUUAACCUCCCUACACAUGUUUGGUGAUGAUGAAAGAAGUGUACGUCCUUUUCAGCUAGUAUUAAUAGUAGCAAGGUAUUUGCAAAGGAAAUAAAACGGGACUAUUUCAGCUCGGACGGAAAGGAAUGAGGCCUUUGCGAAGCCUCGGACAGGCUAACGAUAUCCCUAAACAUGCUAAAUGCUGCUUAAUACAACAAAAUUAGAGAUAAGUCUUUGCACUGAAAUAUCACCAUAUUUCAGCAAACCUAGCAAACAAUGAACAGGAACAGAAGAUUGACUUUAGAAUACUUCACGCUAUUUAAAUGAUGCGCACGUAGCACUGAUUUCAGUAAUUGAAGUGGUCUGGUUCAGCUCGCACGAUGGCUCAGUAUUUCGCUGUUUUGUUGAUUCUCUGUAUUCCUGGCGGUUCACUGAGAACAACCACCUCACCUCAGCAACAAAACAAUGCAAAGUUAAAAGAUUUAUGUGAGGUAAGAAAUACACGAAGAUAAAAAUGAGAGUACGCCGUGGAUUAGGUACGCCCAAGGGACUAAACCAUAUAUUUUACUACUUUAUCAUCGCCAUAUUAUCAUUUGCAAAUGCAUUCCAAUUUAUUAAAAAGUCCUUUUUUAACAUUAUCUUUCAUGCACGAAAAACCUGAAGUCCGAGGUUAACUGUUAAGCUUCUUUUAUUUCAUUUUUUCUUCCUUAGCACAUAUUGACUGCAGGCCACUUAAUUGCGAGUUCCAAAAACCCUUACUUUCAAAAUGAGGCCAAGCACACAACCUUUCUUGUGAAAAUGAGUUUUAUUUGCAUGAGAGUGAAAAAUCAUUUGUAUAUCAACGACUGAGCACUUAACUUCUUUUUGAUACAGAGGCCUCGGGGGAACUCGAAAAUGGCCUAUUGGUUAUUCCAUUGUUCCCUGCUUGUCCUAUCACAUAACUAAUUGGGGUCAUGGUAUUUAACGCUCAGUUUUCAGUUUUUCUUCGUCUCUACAUUUAACUACAAAUCAUCUUUUUUUCAGCUGUCUAUAGUGGGUUUCCCGGGCAUCCCAGGAUCUAAUGGUAUGCCGGGAAUGCCAGGCGUUCCCGGGCCUCAAGGACCCCAGGGAAGGGACGGUACUAAGGGACAAAUUGGUGAUAAAGGAUCACAAGGAAUGCCGGGUUUAAGAGGAGAAAGAGGGCGAGAAGGGCCUCCUGGAAAGAGUGGACCCCGAGGAAUCAAUGGGAUAAAAGGUGAACAGGGACUUGUGGGAAUGAAAGGACAGCGAGGCAUUGCGGGAAAUCAAGGACAAAAAGGAGACAAAGGCGAGAAAGGAGAAAGCGCCAAAGCAAGUCAAGCAAGUGUAGUACCACAAACCAACUGGAAACAAUGUGUGUGGAAAUCAGGCACCAGUACUAAUAACGGAAAGAUUAAGGUAAUUAGAAUAAGAAUCAUGACACACUCCAAAGGAACGUAAUUCCUCUCUAAAUCAAAACAUUUCAAAGAAGAACGUCUCCCUUCUCACUCACCAUUUGCCAACACAUUACAUAAAUAACUAAGUUACAUUUCUCUCUACUUUGAUUCUUUUUGAACGAAAAAAGGAAAGCAAUCUUGGGUGAUAAAAUGAUUCCUGGCCAUAUGGAUAAGUACAACGAAAAUUGAAGCUAUUACAGAGUUUUUAAAAAUUAGGAAGUAAUCUUGACCGGAGUUGUUAGUAUCAAUCAUUACACACGGUUGCUCGCCAACCUCGUCCCCAGGGCUCCUCCCUCAAAAAAUGGGUGAGGCGGGAAAAGGGGGUCUUUUCCCGCCCCACCCAUUUCUUUGAGGGGAAAGCCCUGGGGACGAGGUUGGGUUGCUGGCCUUACUACUAUAUGUUUGAUUUGUUUGAUUUUUAUUCCAGGACUGUGCGUUUAACAAACUCCAGUCUAAUUCAGCGCUCAGAGUCUCAUUCCAGGGAAACAUGACGGUCAAUGGUCUUAGUUCUAAGUGUAACCGGUGGUAUUUCAAGUUCAAUGGAAAUGAAUGCAGUGGGCCAAUGACAAUUGAGGCUGUCGUUUACAACUACUGGUCAUCUGGGAACCCUAAUCUGCUGCAUCAUCGGUCAUUUGAAGGGUACUGUGAAAACAUCUCACAAGGCGCUGUUAGAAUGGAAUUAUGGGUAGGACAGUGUAGUGGCUACACCCUGGGUAAUGCGUACACUGGGUGGAAUUCAGUGUCCCGGAUAAUGAUUGAAGAAGUAUCUAGGCCCCAGUCCUAA